AUGCUGAAAAGUGCAGACAAUGUUAUGGAGCAGGAGGACCUUGCUGGAGAAAUUACAAGUUGGGAUAUCAAUGACAUCAAACUUCCCCAGGAUGUAAGACAGAUAGACUGGUUUCAAGAAUGGCCAGAUUCUUAUGUAAAACAUAUCUAUAGCUCAGAGGAUAAAAAUGCUCAGAGGCACCACAGCAGCUGGGCAAUGAGAAACACCAACAACCACAACUCCCGCAUCUUAAAAAAGUCCUGCCUUGGGGUGGUGGUCUGCGGCAACGACUGCUCGACCCUGGAUGGGAGGAAGAUCUACCUAAGACCAGCCAUAUGUGACAAAGCUAGGCAAAAACAACAGCGGAAAUGCUGUCCAAACUGCAACGGACCCCUGCGCCUCCUUUCCUGCCGAGGCCAUGGUGGUUACCCAGUUACCAAUUUCUGGAGGCAUGAAGGCCAAUUCAUAUUUUUUCAGUCCAAAGGAGCUCAUGACCAUCCACGUCCAGAAACAAAACGAGAGGCAGAAGCUAGAAGAUCAAUCCAAAAAGCACAAAGAGCUUCUUCUCCAUCUUCCCCAAGAUACAAAAGAACCCAGGAGACUGAGUCUUUGACAGGUGCAAUGCCAACACAGGAGGCUUUGCCUUGGUUGUUUUCCAAGCCAGACCCUUACCUGCUACCUGCUAAUUUUGGGGGACAUUUAAGCAAAAAUUUACAAGAGCAAAUGCUGGGCAACUGCUCUGAGCAGCCACCAUACCUGAGGGCAGCUGGGGAGGAUGAUUGCUCCAGAGAGGUGCCAGCCUGGAACAGGAGCCCUGCCCUUGGAAGGACCCUGAGCACUGGGAGGUCUUGGAGCAGCCCUGCCAUCAACGCUCCCUGCACAGCCCCUUCUGCACAACACUGCGCCUACCCCAGCACCCAGCACAUUGUGCCCACAACAAAGGGUGGCCACGGCCCCUUCAGGCCUAAUGCUGGCCCUCUGGGGGCUGAGCCCUGUGAGGGGAAAUCCCCACUGGCCUACAGCAGCAGCUGCAUCCCUCUGCCAUCAUAUCCUCAGGGAGGCAGCUGUCCCAUGGCGGAUGGGGCACAACACCAGUGCCAGUUCUCACUGCCUAGGGGAAGCCAAGGAGAGAGGGGUGAGGGAGGGCAUUCUGUGGGUCUCAACUGCUGCAAUGAUGACAUGUUUUUUAACCUGUACCCCUUGCGGUGA